AUGGCUAAGGCGUUCUUACAUAAGGCCGCCAAGAAAAUGAAGAAGUUUGCGGAUCGGAAUCGAAGGCCGAUGGAAUUCCGAGUUGGUGACCAAGUCCUCGUGAAGCUCUAUCCUGACCACAUGGGCAUUUUUCGUGGUCGACACAGGUCAUUAAUCCGCAAGUAUGAGAGACCUUUCACAGUGCUGAAAAGAAUCGGGAAGUUAGCCUGCAAGCUAGGCUUGCCGCCAGACUUUAAGGUGCAUUCAAUGUUUCAUGUCUGUAACCUAAAGCCCUUAUACUUUGAUGAGGAAGACCCUGAUAGAAGCGUCCCGGAACGAGACCCGAUCUUACAGCGAGCCCCGUCGACCAAGCGAGCGGCGGACCGUCAGAUGAAAGAAAUUCUUUGGCACAAAACAAACUAUCUAGGGGAACCAAAGAAGUACCAAGUGAAGUGGAUAGGCGAACAAAAUCCAACCUCAGAGUAUGCCUUUCGUAUGAAGCAGCGCUACCCGCUGGAAGUCAAGGCCUAUCAUGAAGCUGCUGGUGCCGAGGACGGCGCUUGA